UGGCACUCUCAUUCCCACCCCCAUCCCCUGCAUUGCCUGUUUGCAUUGCAUCCUGUGGGACAGAGCAGCGAGACAGGGGGGGAGAGACUGGUACAUGCAGAGAGGGAGACAGACAUUCUGUGAGCAGAGAGAGUUUGGGUGAGACAGAGGGGGAGAGACUGGUACAUGUAGAGAGGGAGACAGACAGACAUUCUGUGAGCAGAGAGAGUUUGGGUGAGACAGAGGGGGAGACACACAUUCUGUGAGCAGAAAGAGUUUGUGUGAGACAGAGGGAGAGACACACACUUUCUGUGAGCAGAGAGAGUUUGAGUGAGACAGAGGGAGAGACUCACACUUUCUGUGAGUAGAGAGAGUUUGGGUGAGACAGAGGGGGAGAAACUGGUACAUGCAGAGGGUGAGAGACAGACAUUCUGUGAGCAGAGAGAGAGUUUGGGCGAGACAGAGGGGGAGAGACAGGCACUUUGUAAGAGCAGAGAGACAGAGGGAGAAUGCCUAGUACAUAGGAACUGACACAGACACCAAGACUUUUGCAGAACUCUAAGGCAAAGAGACACCCAGAGAGAAGAUAAGCAGAGAGCGCGGCUACAGACAGGGAUCGACUAACGGUUUCGUUACCAUGCCAGGAAAGCCAUCUGAUGUGUGGGUGCUCUGCAUUCUGUGGGUUCUGCUCCCCAGCAGGGCACAGGAAAGCCCCCUCACCACCAGCACCCCUCGGCCAGACACAAGCAUGAAGUUCCGUUUAGCAGGAUUCCCUCGCAAGCAUAACGAGGGACGAAUCGAAGUGUUCUACAAUAAAGAGUGGGGCACUAUCUGUGACGAUGACUUCACAAUGGAGAAUGCGCAUGUAUUGUGCCGUCAUCUCGGGUUCACUGCAGCUACUGGGUGGACACACAGUGCCAAGUAUGGCAAGGGUGUAGGUCCCAUUUGGUUGGAUAACAUCAUCUGUUCUGGGACAGAGAAGAGCAUCUUGGACUGUAAGUCUCGGGGCUGGGGAAACAGUGACUGCACCCAUGAAGAAGAUGCUGGUGUGGUCUGUAAGGAUGAGAGGAUCCCCGGAUUCAUUGAGCACAACACCAUUGAGACAGAGCAGAGACAAGUGGAGGAGGUGCGCCUGCGCCCUGUGAUCGCUAGUGCCAAGAAUCGUCUACCAAUCAGUGAGGGAAUAUUAGAAAUCAGACACAGAGACAGCUGGGGGCAAGUCUGUGACAUUGGUUGGAACGAGAAGAACAGCCGAGUGGUGUGUGGGAUGCUGGGGUUUCCUUCGGACAAGAGAGUCAACAAAAAUUUCUACAAAAAAGUUAAAAAACGUGCAGCCACAAAGAGAUUCCCCAAGGCAGCGAGUGUGAAGCCCAGAAAGGGUACCAAAAAGGCAGCCACAAAGCAAAGCCCAAAGGCAGCAAGUGUGAAAUCCAGGCUGUUCCUAGAGAAGCAUCAGCCGACUUUCCGCCUCCACACGGUGCGCUGUGCAGGAACCGAGGUUCACGUUUCUCUCUGCCCAUUGGAGUUCUAUAAGACCAAUAGCACGGCUGUGUGUGAAGGCGGGGCACCUGUUGUUCUGAGCUGCGCACUGGGCCACAGGGUGGCGCCACAAGGAGCCAUGAAGAAGAAGAAAGUGGCGCAGCAGCAGCAGCAGCAGGAGGUCAUCCGGCUGAAGGGGGGAGUCCACCCAGGAGAGGGAAGAGUUGAGGUUAUGAAGAAGGGACAAUGGGGGACUGUUUGUGAUGAUCGAUGGGACCUGCAAGCAGCCAGUGUGGUGUGCAGGGAGUUGGGGUUCGGCAGUGCCAAGGAAGCCCUGACAGGAGCACGCAUGGGGCAGGGCAUGGGUCCCAUCCAUAUGAAUGAGGUGCGCUGUGUGGGCACGGAGGGCUCGCUGUGGCAGUGCCAGUACAAGAACAUCACAGAGGAGGACUGUAAGCACAGUGAGGAUGCCGCCAUCCGCUGCAACACCCCCUAUAUGGGCUACGAGAAAACGAUUCGACUUUUUGGGGGGCGCACCCGGUAUGAGGGGCGGGUGGAGGUUCUUUGGGGCCCCCCUGAAGCAAAACGCUGGGGACUGGUGUGUGGACAAGGCUGGGGAAUUCUGGAGGCAGCGACUGUUUGUCAGCAGUUGGGGCUGGGAUAUGCCAGCAGCUCAUUGCAAGAAACCUGGUACUGGGACGCCAGUAACGCCACAGAGAUGGUUCUGAGUGGGGUCCGCUGCACCGGAACAGAAAUGUCCCUGGGACAAUGUGGCCACCAUACGAGCGUCAGCUGCAAGAACACUGGGACCCGCCACGCGGCUGGGGUCAUCUGCUCUGAGACGGCCUCAGACCUGGUGCUCCACUCGGCGCUGGUACAGGAGACGGCCUACAUUGAGGAUCGGCCCCUACACAUGCUGUACUGUGCUGCUGAGGAGAACUGUCUCUCUAGCUCCGCCCGCCAUGCCAACUGGCCCUAUGGGCACCGCCGCCUGCUGAGAUUCUCAUCCCAGAUUCACAACAAUGGCCGUGCAGACUUCAGGCCUAAGGCUGGUCGCCACUCCUGGGUCUGGCAUGAGUGCCAUGGGCACUAUCACAGCAUGGACAUCUUCACCCACUAUGAUCUCCUGACGCCCAAUGGCACCAAGGUGGCAGAGGGGCACAAAGCCAGCUUCUGUCUAGAAGACUCAGAAUGUCAGGAAUUGGUCAGUAAGAGAUAUGAAUGUGCAAAUUUUGGGGAGCAAGGAAUCACAGUGGGGUGCUGGGAUUUAUAUCGGCACGACAUCGACUGCCAAUGGAUUGAUAUAACGGAUGUCAAACCUGGAAACUACAUCCUACAGGUUGUUAUCAACCCAAACUUUGAAGUGGCUGAGAGCGAUUUCACCAAUAAUGCAAUGAAGUGUAACUGUAAAUACGACGGACAUCGAAUCUGGAUACACAACUGCCAUCUGGGAGAUGCUUUCAGUGAAGAAGCCAAUAAGCGCUUUGAGCAAUACCGGGGAGAACUUAACAACCAGAUCCUUUGAUACCCGUGAAGAGUAUGGUCAUUAGAACCAUCCAACCAACGAGGUCGUUAUAUAACUCAUUUCAGCCCAGAAGUCGCCCUACUGAGCAGAGAUGAUUUUGAAGAACCAACUCAUCUUCCUUCAGUUCCAUAUCUUCUCACUAUAACUCCUGCCCCAGCAUUAACCAGUCACAACCCGGUACUAACUGGGUGCCCACCCUACCACCUGUUUAACUGUGGAAAUCUUUGUGUGCUUUCUGCUUCUAUCACCUCAGGCCAAAAGUUCAUUUGCUGUUCUAUUUUGUCCUCCUGUGACAUCUCCUAAUGCCCAGAUGUUUCCCCCUUAGUUACCCAGCAGCAUUCUGAACCCUACACCCUUGUGUUUCUGCCCCAGGCUGUUGUAUUCUGCUACUCUGCUCCUUGAUUAAACCUCCUGUGUACAGCGUGGGGCAAGUAUUUGGCAUAAGGGCAGUGCCUCUGGCUCUAGGGUAUUAAGGAAAGAACAUCGUGAGUCCAACGACAGCUCUAGGAAACCCAGCUAGACGCAUCCGCUGAUGGCAUUUAGUUAAAGCGGUGCAGCCCAGGGACAUGCACUAGUGGCCCAAGUGCCUCUGGAUUAUAAAGUGAUCCGGUGCCCUUGGGGCGGAACCACACUUACUGGGAUAGGGGUAGGGAAGGGGAUUCUAGUUUGCUCUCAGCUGAGGAUGUGAGGCUUGCAGUUGGACAAGCCAUGUGUGAUCCUAUGUAACAGGGGCCAGGAUUCGCUGCUUGUACCCACAGCAUGUCUUUCCUUCACCCUUGGGGUAAGCCAGGGCCUGCUUGUUGCUCUGCCCCAUAUGGGAUCACACUUUCGUUCACUGUGACCGAUCCUACAUGUACAAGGUGAUAAAGGGAGGUGCUGGGGCAAAAUGGCCCCCAGGCGCUUGGUAUCUCCCACAUUUUGUUCUGUCUGUAAAAGUUAUUUGUUUUCUGUAAUAAAGAAAGUGAGUGUCUAA